AUGUGGCUCUAUCGGGGCGCUCAGUCCGCGGUCUUCUAUUAUGCCACUUGCACCCCCUGCGCCGAGAACCUCGAUCGUCGGAAACGUAGAAAUGAUGCUACCCGGGUGCAGCGGGAAAAGGAGAAGGAGCGACGCAACAACGAAUUAAUCACCGACCAACCUCGUCCAUUCCCACAACCAACCCCGUUCAGUACCAAUGUAGGCUGGCGGGAAGAAAUCGCCCUCGGCCCUGGUCCUCCAGCUCGUCGGGGUGGUCACCGCCCUGUUCAACGAACGGACAGUUGCACUACCGACCAGAGCUCGCAACUCAAGAAAGACAAGAGUGCUGGCCUGAUGCAUCCACUCGGCGAGAAGUGGAAAUCAAUGCGCUACCAACGCGAAGAUGAGCCUCUUUGGGGACAACAGGAAGUGCGCGGAUCGUCCAUUGGAUUCUCUGGACGCGGUCGUGCAGACCCGAACGAAACCUCCAAGUACUACAUCGCCCGCGUGCCGCCUGUGAACGACCUCCACCCGCCCAUUGUUAGUGGACCGUGUAGCCGUGCCGAGACCAGAUGGAUGCUCCAGCCACCACCGAGUGCCCGAGUGAUGGCUGGUAAAGCCGACGUCACUUCGCCGACUCGUGGUAGUGCCUGUGGUAACAUAUCCCGGCCUCCCAAGAAUGUGGCCAGGGAGAACGAAACUGAACGAAUCAACAGCGAGUCUGGCGACGGAGCUGUCGAUGACACCACCCAGCACCAUCAACAACGUCGACCGUCGUUGACUCGACUCCGUAUCGACUCCAAUGUUCCAGACGCAGAUUUACACUCUCGAACUGACUCUAUGUUCUCCACGACCCUCUCGGAUGACUCUCCAAGCUUUGAAUGGAAAUACCCUGACACCCCUGCAUCUCGCCCUCAAUCGAAAGCCACAGAUGAAGAUAAGACCUACCGCCCACAUAUCUCGAAGACUCUCUCCACAGUCCACCGGGACAACAAGAAGGUCCACAUGCUACACCUAGAGAUCAACGACGACAGCCGCGAUGAUGUUGGUCUGGGUCAAUUGCAGCCUAUCCGCCCCUGGCGUUGGAGCAUGGACAUCUAA